AAAUUAGUUAUGAAAAGGAGCAGAGGCGCAAGCAGCUAAAGCACCUACGAGGUGAAGAUACGUGGAUGCUUGCUGAUGUGAAUGAACGUGUGGAACAACUGGAAAAGGAACAUUCUGUGCAGAAAAAAAAGAAAAAGGAUAAGCACUCAAAAAAAGCUAAGAAAGAAAAGAAGAAAAAUAAGAAACAAAAAUCUGAAAAGAAGGAUGACUUACUUGAUAGUUCUUCGGAUUCUUCAGUUGAAUGGGUUGAGUCAAAUGUGUCACAGUCAGAUAACACAGAAAAGGCUUGGAAGGUCAACAAGCAAUCAGAUGCUGUGAAAGAACCCUCCCUGGAGAGAGAAGAAUGGAUGAAUUUAGACUUCAUGUCACUGAAAACCACGUCAGUAGCAGCUGUCAGAGGUGAAAGACACAAAGAAAAAAUAUUGGAACGACAGAAAGCUCAAGAACUUGAGCAGGCCAUGCUGUCUGAGAGAGAGCUCAAUCCCUAUUGGAAAGACGGUGGUACAGGUUUGCCACCAGAGAAGGAUGAAGCAGCUUCAGUUAAGAAAGUUACAGUGGUAGAAGAUGCUGGAUUAAGUUGGUUACAAAAAUCAUACCAAAGGAUGAAGGAGCAGGCUGAGAGAGAGAAACGAAAUUUUGAGGAAAUUGUAGCUGAGAGAUAUGGGUCAAUGGAGGUAUUUCAGUCACGAUUAGAAGAAGCUGAAAAAGUUGCAUCCAGAAAGGAAAAUUAUUAUAGAAGUGGAAGAUGGAAGAAAACUGACUAUUCAGAAAGUGAGAAAGAGAAGAAAGAACAGCAUAUGAAAAAGGAGACACAAGAUGAAGAUGAUAGAAACAGGAACAUGUUUGGGGGCUACACUAGGGAGAAGCAUGGCAAGGGAUGGGCGCAAGAAGACAAAGGUUACAAAAGAGAUAUGUCAAAAGAAGACCAAGAAUGUGGACACAGUAGCACGGACUCAGUAUUGAGAGGUUACAGCUCCAAAGCAGAAAAACACUCCAAUGAAAAACGAAGUCAGGAAAAGAGUUCAUCUCUAAGCAACAUGAAACACAAAUUUCUGAAACCCUCCGAAGAUGAUUUAUCAUCUUACAGUGCACCUAGAGACUACAAGUCACAGCAGUCCUCUUCCAAACUGCCGGUUCACAGCAAUUUGAGCAGCCGUUUCCAAAAACCUAGUGAGGAUACUGCAGUGUGGACCAAAACACGCACAGAAGAUAACAAUGAGAAAUUAAUGUCUGAUCAAAAAUCAUCAGGUACUAGGGAACAAAUUGAUGACAAUAGUUGGGAAAGAACUCCAAGUAAUGAAAAAGAGAAGUCGCGACAGGAGUACCCAAGUGAUAUCCCUGAGAAGAAACAAAUGUUAUCUGACAGUGAAACAUUGUGUUCUAGAUAUACAUUGAAGGACGAGCCACCUCGGAACCUUAGCGAAGAGGAGAUGAACAGACUGGGAGCGAGGAUUGUGAAAGCAGAACUUAUGGGAGACAUGGAGUUAGCUUCAAAACUUCAAGCAGAACUUGAGAACGCUCGCAAAUUGAGAGAGACUCAAGGGCAGAUUCCAGCAAAGUAUGGCAGAGAGGCUUCAAGCUCUCAAGGUGAACAAGUGGUCCUUGUCAGAACAGAUCAAAGUGGAAGGGCAUGGCCUGUGACCGCACCAACUGAACCACAGGAGCCAAAAGGAGGACGGAGAAAGCGACAGAUGGUCCCUACUCAUAUAGAUAAAGAAAGAGUAAGGUAUUUUCACGAUGAUGAUAGUAUGACCCUGAAGGAUUUAGUCAAAAAUGAGAAGAUGAGAACAGCAGAGGAUCAAAACUCACUGUUCAUGCGUAUGGCGUCAAAGCUCAUGGAAAAAACUGACAGAGAGUACUACACUCUGGAUGACAUGUUUGUUUCCAAAGCAGCCAAAAGAGCGCGCAGUGGGGAAGAGGAAGAAAUACAAAGAAGAAAAGCAAUACAUGAGCACCAGCAGCUUGCUGCACGCAUGGAAAAGUGCCCAUACUGCUUUGAUAGCAGUGAACUUUCUAAACAUCUUAUUAUUGCAAUUGGCACCAAGGUAUACUUGUCUCUACCAAGCAACCAGUCCCUUACUGAAGGUCACUGCCUGAUAGCCCCUCUACAGCACCAUACUGCAGCCACUCUUUUGGAUGAAGACAUCUGGGAAGAAAUCCAGAUGUUCAGAAAUGCAUUGGUGAAAAUGUUUGAAGCUAAAGACUUGGACUGUGUGUUCCUAGAAACAAACAUGAAUAUGAAGAAACGGUAUCAUAUGGUAUACGAAUGCAUUCCUCUUCCAAAAGAAGUAGGAGAUGUGGCUCCAAUCUACUUUAAGAAAGCUAUAAUGGAGUCUGAUGAAGAGUGGUCCGUGAACAAGAAGUUAAUUGAUCUUUCUUCAAAAGAUGUUCGGAAAUCUGUUCCUAAAGGAUUACCAUACUUUUCUGUGGACUUUGGCCUUCAAGGAGGAUUUGCUCAUGUCAUUGAAGAUCAACACAAGUUCCCUCAUUACUUUGGAAAGGAAAUCAUUGGUGGCAUGCUGGACUUGGAACCGCGGCUCUGGAGAAAAGGAAUCAGACAGAAUUUUGAGGAUCAGAGGAAGAAGGUGUUGCAGUUUGCACAGUGGUGGAAACCAUAUGACUUUACCAAAAAGAAAGAAUGAGUACAUCCCUGCAGUCAAGGACUAUAUAAGCCAUAAGUUAUAUUAAAGGAUAUUUCACAUGUUAAGAAUAACACCAGUGUGUUAUGUAUUGCUAAUAUAUUUUAAAACCAAGGAUAUUGUUUAAUUGCUGAUUACCUGUUUCUGGUUUAUACGCUGUGUGGAUCACGUGAACCUGCAAGUCUGACAAACCACAAGUGUACAGAGUUUUUAGUUUUUCAUUUUUUAGCUGAGCCAAAAGAAUAAUAUCCAUGUGGCCAUUAGAAUUCUUCAAAAUGUAGCUUUUGCUUUUGGAGCUUUUAUAAUCUUUGAGGCAAUUGAUUUUUUUAAUAUUGUAUUUAGCAUAAAGCCAGUGCUUAAUUAUCACGGUGACUUUUUGUA